CUCCGUCCUGCUUUUGCCUUUAGGAGACACUUUCGCUUCUCGGCGCCCCUCAGCGGCUAGGCCUUCCGCUUGGCCCGCUUUCCGUGUUCAUUGGCCCCUUUCGCUUCCUUUCUGUGCUGCCAUUGGCUAACGCUGAAAUGAUUGACGGGCGUGCUGCCCCCAGUGAGGUCACAUGCACUGAGCGAUGCUUCUGAACUUGAGGGGCACGUGCGCUUCUGGGGACAUCAGGGCUGCCAGGUCCUCUUAGGAGUUCCGAGAGAGAGUUCUUGCGUGGCAUCUUAAACGCUAACAGAACUCAUGUGAAGUAAACAUUGGUUGACUGGAGUCUACUUUAUCAGAUGCGUGGUGUGAGCUUCACUUGGCAGAUACACACACAAAUAGAGAGGAAAAACAAUGGUUAAAAGCAGCCAUGAAGCGCAAGAGGUACAGCCUGUGAUGCUCCUUACAAAUCUAGCCAUGGAAGCAGAAGAGACGAUGGAAUGCAUUCAGGAAUUUCCAGAACAUUACAAAGUAAUUUUGGACAGACUGAAUGAACAGCGGGAACAAGAUCAGUUUACAGACAUCACUCUGAUUGUAGAUGGUCAUCAUUUUAAAGCUCAUAAAGCUGUUCUCGCUGCCUGUAGCCAGUUUUUUCACAAAUUCUUCCAGGACUUCACUCAGGAACCUCUGGUAGAGAUAGAAGGUGUAAGUAACAUGGCAUUUCGUCACUUAAUUGAGUUCACGUACACUGCCAAGCUAAUGGUCCAAGGGGAAGAGGAAGCAAAUGAUGUCUGGAAAGCAGCUGAAUAUCUUCAGAUGUUAGAAGCCAUUAAAGCCCUCGAAAUCAGGAACAAAGAAAAUUCAUUGCCACUUGAAUCGAAUCAGGCACAGGAUAAAAAUAAAGCCAAAAAAAGGAAGAUCGCAGAGACCUCCAAUGUUAUUACAGAAACACUGCCUUGUGCAGAAUCUGAACCAGUUGAAAUUGAGGUGGAGAUUGCAGAGGGAGCUAUUGAUGUGGAAGAAAAUAACAUUGAAGCACUUGAGGAGGAUGCUUCUGCUGAACAGUCUAUAAAGUAUAUACAGACCACGGAUUCUUCAGAUGAGUCUGCAUUGGCUCUUCUGGCUGAUAUUACCAGCAAAUUUCGCCAUGGGGAGAGAAAAAGCGAAAUUCAGGAGGAAGGCGACAGCAUAUCUGAUCCAAUGGGCAAACAGAUGGAAGGCAUUGAGAUCAUGGAGCUUCAGCUGUCGCAUGUGAACAACCUGUUCCACUGUGAAAAGUGCAACCGUACAUUUAAACUGUUUUACCACUUUAAGGAACACAUGAAAACGCACUCCACUGAGAGUUACAAGUGUGACCUAUGCAACAAAAGGUACUUGCGUGAGAGUGCACUGAAGCAGCACCUUACCUGUUACCACCUCGAUGAAGCUGGAGCCAAUAAGAAACAAAGACCUGGCAAAAAAAUACAUGUCUGCCAGUACUGUGAUAAACAAUUUGACCACUUUGGACAUUUUAAAGAACAUCUUCGGAAACACACAGGUGAGAAACCAUUUGAGUGUCCAAACUGCCAUGAACGUUUUGCUCGGAAUAGCACACUCAAAUGUCACUUGACAGCUUGCCAAUCUGGUGCUGGUGCUAAAAAGGGACGGAAGAAACUUUAUGAAUGUCAGGUCUGCAACAGUGUAUUUAACAGCUGGGAUCAAUUCAAGGAUCACUUGGUGAUACACACAGGUGACAAACCCAACCACUGUACCCUGUGUGAUGUCUGGUUCAUGCAAGGCAGUGAACUGCGGAGGCACUUGCAAGAAAUUCACAACAUUUCAGAGCGGAUAGUGACUGAUGACAUUCUUCCAGUGGACAGUGAUCCAGUGGCGUCCAUGACUAUCAUAGAGCAAGUGGAGCAAGUCCACAUGUUGCCCGUAAUUCAGGUCCAGAUGGAUCCAGCACAAGUGACAGUAGAGCAGGUGCACCCAGAUUUGAUACAGAAUAAUCAAGUGAAAAAUGAACAAAUAGCAGAGCUGCAAGAGCAGGUGGAGAUCAGCUACUUGGAAGUGGAGCACAUUCAGACUGAACAAGGCACUGAAGUGCAUAUGGAGGAGUUAGAUGUGGACCAUGUGAACCAGUUACAGAUGGAAGAGGUUCAUGCACAGCUUAUAGAAGAAGCUGAACUAGAGCAGGUGGAAUCAGGACAUGUGGAGCAAGGAGAAAUGGAAGCAGGUGUUUCUGUCCCUGUGGAAGAGGCAAAGGUUCCUGCAACAGAUCAUGAAGAAGCUGAUGAUUUAAAAACUCAGCCAAUAGUGGAUAUGCAAGAGGAAAAUGUGGAGACCUAGGAAAUGUUGACUGUGCUGCCUGUGAUCUGGAAAAUGUCAUACCAAAUUAUUUUUGUUAAUUUUCUCAUUUGACUUUUGCACCACAAAUAGAUGGCUCUCUUGAACCUUGGUGAAGUGGACAAGUGGACCAAAGUUAGGAGAUUUGAUAAAACUGCCCUUCUAGUGCAUAUGGUAAAAAGUCCCCCUUUGGUUGUUUUUAAAAAAGCAAAACAAAACAUGGAACAAAGUAUAUUCUACAGACAGACAGCUUUGUGUGAAGUUUAAUUGUAGAGUUUUGCUAGAUUGUACCAGUAGGUUAUACAGUUUGUCAUUGUGAGAAACUUCUGAAGCUAGUUCUGUUUUCUUUUCAGAAUAUGAGUUUAGUGUUUUAAAGGUUCCAACAUUCAGAUGGAUUAUCUAAGGACAGUUGGGUGAUCGGCUAAAAAAAAAAAAAAAAAAAACCACAGGUAACUCUCUCUUCCCCUGCCCUUUCUUAUUUUGCAGUAGCUCCAAUCUUUGCUUUAUUUAUGUUCUUAAAUUUAACCACUGUCGUCUUAAGCCUAGAAAUCGAAUUGGGAUGAAGGUAGAGCAUGCUAAGAGUUUGUUUUUUAAAAGGAAAAACCCUUGUGCCUUCUCAAACUAAGUAAUUAAACUUCCACAAAGCUUUUAGGAUAUUUACAAAGCUAAUGCAAAACAGUGUAGAUAGUGCUGUAUAAUGCUUUGAAAUUUUGCUACCAGGUGUUUUUUUUCUGGCAUUAAAAUAAACUUAGAUUGGGGAAAGGAAAUGGAUUGAACACUGGCAGUUUCUUUUUUUAUUUAAAGGGCCAAUUAUAAUACAAAAAAAUUAGCUGAAUCUGUAGCAAGGUAUGAAUUGGCUGAAAGGUUGCACUGGCAUCUUAUCACCAGAAUUUUAUUUUUUAGAAAAAAGGUACAUUUUAUAUUUUAAGGAAAAAAAAGCAUUAAAAUACAAAGUAAAUGUGUCUACUCAAUGCAUCAGGCUACUGUUUUAUUAUUUAACUUUUUGACCCUUUACAGAAAGAUCUUAUGCUUAAAAGAUUGGGGGGGAAAUCAAAAGCCAUAGGUAUGAGUGUUUUAACUGUGGAUUUAUAAGAGUAGGAGUGUAAAUAUUUUAAUCAGUAUUAUUGGAAAAUAAAACAGUACCACUUACAA